UCGGAGGACAUCACGUAAACGGUCACGUGAAAAUGUUUCGCGAUGGUCAAUACUUGGAAGUAAUAAAGGCUUCGGACAAUUGUUUAGCUACGGCUGUUGUUACUGUCCAAGAGAAGACUAUAAAGCUUAAAAAGAGAAAAGUCUCGACGAAUAAGUGGCUUAAUACCGAGGAUUGGGCAGCGCUGUACAAAAUUUUGGAGAAAGCGAUUCUGCGGAACGUUCGUAAGGAAGGAUUGUUUCAGGAUUCGGAGAAAUGCAGAGGCAAAAAGUCAACUCGGCAGCUGGAAAUCACAUAUACGUUCGAGCCAUCGGAAGGUGCAAAAAACGUUACAUCACUACCUACGAUCAGGGUAAAUGUAUCUCCGGCGAAGAAAAAGCCCGAGAAACUGGAAACACCGAAAGCAUCGCUGGUGAAAGAAGAUGUUCGCGAUCGUACACUCGGGAAAACUCAAAGCUACACUUCCGAUUCCACUCAGCGGAGAGAUAACAGCGAGAAUUUCGAAAAAACAGCGGGAAACGAUGAUACUUGUACAAAAGCGACGAACGAUACUAAAAAUGAUAGAACUAAAAGGUGUUUACAGUUGGAGAGCUUGGAAAGUAACACGUUAGAAGAAUACGUGCCAGAUACACCGACGGUUAAAAAACUAUGCACAGAUUUGAAAUAUAUACCAAGCAGGAAGAGUACGUUGGAACGAAUCCAAGUGUCUUCGAAUGAAUACUCUCCUUUGAUAUUGGAUAAUAAAAGCACGACGGAAGUGGUUCGAUACAUUCCAAAUUCCGUUGAUUCGUCGAAAGUAUCUUACGAAACGUACGUACCUAGCGGGACGACCGUUCUUAACCUUCCUGAAGAAUACGUUCCUACCUCGAAGGGAGUUAAAGCUUCCGUUGAAGAAUAUCAACCUGACUUCACUAGUAAAUCUAUGAAAUUCGAUAACAGUUACGUGCCAUCGAGCGUGCAAUCGAUCAAUGAAAACAAUCCGAACAAAUCGGACAGGAUGAAAAAGCAACAGGUACAAAAAUCUUCGUCACGCCAAAAAGAAGUUUCAAAAAAACACGUGGACCUCUUUACCUAAAACGUACCUAUUUUGAUAAUGAAUAUUAAAUUGGACAGUUAGAAUAUACAUAUUAUUCGUAAUUAAUAGAAAAUAUAA